AUGAACAAAAUACUGAAUACUAUUGAUAAAUUUGAUAUUUUUGGGGUUCCAAUAAGUCUUUUAACUAAUGCUAAGACUUCUUUAUAUUAAAGUAGGCUUGGUGGAUUAGUUACUUUUUUGAUUGGAAGCCUUAGUUUAACAUAUUUUUUAUAUGUAUUCAUAUUAUGGAUUGAUCAUUAAAUACCUCCUGUUGUGAGUUUUAAGCAAUAAACUAUAUCAUAUGCAGAAUAUUAGUUGUCAGACUCUAUUAUUCAAUUAGAAUUUUAAGAUUUUUUGGGUGGUGUAGAUCCGUUUAAAAAAGAAAAUAAUAUCAUCACUCCUAAAUUAUAUCGAAUUAUAAAUUCAACUAUAGUUGAUAAACCAAUACCAUUAUUUAGUAGUAAAGAUAAGCCAUCUAAAAUAUUUAUAAAUGAUGGCACUAUUGUUUUAAACAAUGGAAAUACUGAAAAUGAUGACAACUUGGAUAUGACAUAAUUAUUGCUUGUUUUAGAAGGCUGUUCUAAUUUAACUACUGUUUCUGGAAGUUAUUGUGCUGAUGAAAAUGUAAUAACAGAGUAUUUAUCUAAAUUUCAUGGGUUUUUAUUCUUAACUAUUUAUUUAAAUUAAUUUUAAUAUUCUACAGGUAAAUUAGAAUAAAUAAAAAAAUAAUAUUAUACAGCUUUAGAACCUUCUAAACCUUUAUAUUCAUAAGUUAUGCUUAAGUAAUAAGAAUCUAUUAUUGACGAUGGAAUAUUAUUUACUAAUUAUCAAAAUUACUAAUUUUUAAACAAUUAUGAGUUAAUUCAUUAACAAGUUGAUCAUUUUUUCACUUCUUAAGUGGUUAGUUUAUUGUCAAAUUAGACAUAUGAAUUCAAGAGUUAUGGCUGUUAUUUAUUUAGAAUAGAUAAUAUUGCUGUUACAGAAAGUAUAACAAUGCCAAAGUUAGGUUAAAUUCUAGCUUAAGUUGGAUCAAUUGUGUAAGUAAUAUUUUUAUUAAAAUAUAUUGCAAUUUAUUAUAAUAGAAUGUUAUUGGAAAAUGAAUUACUACAUGAUAUAGUUAUUAUGUAUUAUCCAGAAAUGAAAAAGAUUAAGUUUAACUUGUUAAAUCAAAUUGUAAUGUCGGAUAAUCCAGAAAAUAGUAACAAUAAUUAACAUGAAAAAGUUAAAUAUAAAUAUAAAACCUUUAUUAAAAGAGCUAAGGAAAAAUGCAGACUAGAUAACAUUUUAUAUGAAAUUUCAAGAAUACAAUUUAUUAUUUAACAAUAAUUUGGAGAUUAAAUUCUAUAACAGAGUCAUUCAUUGGGAGGAAAAUUGUCUAAUCACUAUAUGGAUCAUUAAAAUAGUAAAGAGUCAAAUAGAUAAACCAUUAAGCCAGCUAAUUCUUUAGAUAUUGAAAAAGACUUUGCCUUAUUGGAACCUUUAGAAAUGUUACAAAAAUAACCUUGA